AGGCGGAGCCGGGAUGGGCAGGGAUAUUUCCGUGGCUACUGGAUUGUACUAGUACUAGUAAUGCCACUACUCAGCCAGCUGACUACAGGUGCCGCUAGCGGUACCUGAGGGUAUUCCUGCUGCCAGCACACGAGCAGAAGGGAGAAUACUUGAGCAGUAUAAGAAGCACUGAGAGAGUCCACCAUUACCACGGCCAUGAUGGCUACCCUCUUUCCUCUACUGUGUCUCCUGACCACACUCAGCCCACGUCCAGGUGUUGGGCUGGAGAUCCUGAGCAUGAGCCUGGAGGGGGGGUCGAAGGAGUACCUGGAGGUGAGGGCCAAGACAGACUACGUGCUGAGGUGUGACUACAGGAGUGGCUACGACGACCCCGUCAAGGAGGUCCGCUGGCUCCUCUACGGUUACCCUGUCUACGUCUGGAGGGAAAACCAGCAUCCAACAGCGUCUGAGUCCCUGUUGGGCCUGGUGUCGACCAAUCCUACGAAGGAGCCUCACAAUAUUCACUUCAAGAAGGUGGAGUAUAGCCUCGCUGGGAACUACACUUGUCGAGUUUCCUCUGCCAACGCUACCGCCCAGGCUACCUUCUCUCUCCAUGUUAUAGAUGCGUCAUCGUCGCCCUACCAGACGCGUGUUCAAGUUCUCAGCUCCAUCAGCAACAGCAGUGGCAGGGGUGACAAGAACACGUAUGAGGUAGCCACUACUGAAUCCUCCCACCUUGUGGAGUUUGAGAACCCUGAAUGCACUCUAGUGUGGUCCUUCUUCACUCCAGCUAUCUUCCCCAAGCCCAACGUCACCUGCGGUUACUACUCCUUCGACUACGAUGAUGUUAUCCAGCGCCUGCCAGCCGGCCUCACUAUGCACCAGUUUGCUAAUGGCUCCUGGCGGGCCUCGUUCCAGUCAACUCACAUAGAGGUGGCCAGCAUCCCCAGGACGCACCGUCUGGGGUGUUCAGUGCGCAUCCCUCAGACUUCUUACAAGAAGAUGAUCAAGGCUGAUGACGACUUCCUUGUUGAUGCUCUCAUUGACUCAGCUGGGUGCCCGAGCCUGGAGCUAGAGCACCACCCUGGGCUCAGUGCUCACAUCCAAGACGCCACAUACACCUGCCAUAAUGAUGUCAUACCUGCGGAAAGGGAUGGCACAGCUAUUGCAAAGCUCAGCUGCCCAAAUGGUCACGCAUCUGUGUUCCCAGACAGCUCUGUCGAACACGGCUGGGAGCUGGAGCUCAGCUGCUCUGAGAAUGACGUGGGAUGGAGGACCUUGAACAGGAAGGACAAGGCCGAAGGCAAGAUUGUCGACAUUCAACACCUGCCUUACUGUGAGCCUAGGAAAUAUUCGUCUGGAGUGUUGUGUGUAGCCUCGUCCAGUGCAGUGUUGGUGUUACUGUCCGUGGUGGGGGUUGUGUCUCUCUGACCGUCAUACAUACUGUCCGUGGUGGGGGUUGUCUCUCUGACCGUCAUACAUACUGUCCGUGGUGGGGGUUGUGUCUCUGACCGUCAUACAUACUGUCCGUGGUGGGGGUUGUGUCUCUGACCGUCAUACAUACUGUCCGUGGUGGGGGUUGUGUCUCUGACCGUCAUACAUACUGUCCGUGGUGGGGGUUGUGUCUCUGACCGUCAUACAUACUGUCCGUGGUGGGGGUUGUGUCUCGCUGACCGUCAUACAUAUACUCACUGAUCCUUAAAUACAAAGGUGAUAUAACCUUGUAACCUAAAGAAAAACAAUGGAGUUCUGUACGCUGGAAACGUUCAGAAAGUGACGCUGUGUAAUGCGUACGGAGAUGAACCGUGUGAGAUAAGGAUGGAUUUAACUCUCCGUUAGAGUGGGAUGAUUGUAGACGUUUAUUUGGAAAAUAAUAAUGUGGAAAUGACCAAUGUGAUAAUAAGUGUUUGAACCACCGAGUUAAAUAUAGUGCAAUACUUGUUUGUUUGAAAGGUACAUAUCAGGUGUGUAUCUCUUACUAUAGUCCAGUCAAUCUAGCAGGAAAAACUGUCCAACUCAGAACUAGUUGCACAAGAAUUUAGUUUUACUGUGUUACGUUGAUGAGCACUUAAGGAACAUUAUAUUUAAAAUGGUGACAGAAGGAAUUGAAGCAGCAUAGCUAACAUUGAACUUACGAGCAGCUGCACUUCCGCCAUAUUUCUUCAAUUUCUUUUGUAACUGAUUUUUUCUUUAUGUAUGAAUUUUAAUGUGUUAGUGUCAUCAGAAAUGAAUUAUGUAUUUUCUAUUAUUUUAGCCAAAAAUACUAUCAUUGGAUGAACAUUACCAACAUGGUGCCUUAUGUUUUGAAGACAUAUAAACAACGAACAACAUAACUUCGUUUUUUACAGAAAAUUAUUAUUUUAAAAGAAACAGUUCUUUUCACUUUACAUGUGACAUUUUAUAGUUUGUCCAUGCAAGGUAAGCCGAAGUUAGCACAACUAACUUCCUUGCAUUCUGUACAUGCUAGUGAACAUUUCUGGCUAUAUUUUUGGCAGUUACGUUUAUCAUAUCACUGUCCGUCUUGUGGUUGCAUCUCAGCACCUUCAGUAGAGCUUCUGGAGCUGGUGGUCAAUCUGUUAUUCUUGUUUCAAGUUAGCCAUUGACCAAUAUUCAUCAGCAGUCUUCUAUAUCCAAGACAAUGCCCAUCCACUGCUAAAUUUGGAAAUAAACAAGGACGCUGUGAUAUCGUGCAGCAGCUACUGCUGCAGUUGUUUGUGGUAGGUAGUGAACCUGUACAGAAGUGCCUGCAGAAACCUCAAGAAAUCGCUGGUAAAGUAGCAGAGUUCGUGACCUGAGAUGCAGUUGUAUAGACAGACACGCACAAGUUUUUGCCAGAAUACUUUGCAUACCUACAUGCUGCCCCAACAGCUGUGAAAUGCGGCAGCAUUUCGUGAAGAGAAUGGAGUUGACUUUCUUGAUUUCCUAUUCUUUCUGAUUUUAUGAAGUGGCGAAGAAUUUCAGCCAUGUCAGGUAUUCCAACGAGCUGCGUCCACUGCAAUGAACAUGUAUUGUAGUUGUUUCCUUUUUCAAUUUUUGUCGGACCUUGUCAAGGGACAAUUCUAAACAGAUCUCACUUGCAUGAAGUUAACCAGCCCUAAGUGUGUCAUAAGUUUGUGCUGCUAUGAAGCCACGACUUCUGUGGUUUAAGUAACCCCGGAGUCCAUACUAGUCAAAGCUGAACACCUGUUGAAUUCAAUCAUUGCUUCCUCAAUGAUCGAACACAACAGGUGGAUUACAGGUUCAGGAAAUAUUACAGGUUCGAACAUCUGUCCUUUAUUAUUGUUUCUAUCAUGUUCAGUUUUACUUUAUCGUUGUUUCAGUCAUUCUCUUUCAUUUAAUGAGAUAUUUUACAUCAGACAAGCAUAAACUAAAAAAAAAAAUCGUGAGAGAACAGGACAAGUGUUUCCUGACGCGGGUCUUAGUCAUGUGAUGACGCGCAACUGGGGCUUUUGGUCAUUUGACCAAAGCCUUCCAUUGGCUUACCAAUCCACCCUUUCAAAAAUUUUAGUUAUGAUUAUAGCUAUUAGGUUUCGUUGAAAAUGUGAGUCUUGACAAAUGUUAAACGUAGUCUGACAAAAUCUUGUUCAACAGAACAUGCUGAACUUACCAGACUACACAUGUUCAAAAGAACGAGCAUGUUUCAAACAAUAACGAAGUGGAAAAGUUAGCACGACUGAAGCACUAAUAAAGUAGAGAGUUAACAACACUGAAACAACACCAAUAUUAAUAAUAAAGAUAACGCCCUCAUCUGUCAGCUCUCCUUCAAGAUCAAAAAAAUUAAUUCUCCACCACGUAUUUUUUCAUUUCGUUCCAUGUCAACCCACAGAUUGACUGGAUAUUAUUAAUAACACCGACCAAAAAUUGUGUAUCUUUCAGUGUAUAUACAUGAGAAGUGUGUACAUAUCUCUUUGUAUAUACAAACGUAAUAUUUCUGGGUGUAUACACAAACAUGUAUAUCAUUGCAUACACCGAGAGGCGUAUCUGUGCACAUACGAUUAGUUUCCAUUAAUCCCUAUUUUAGGGACUAAAAUAUUCUUUACUGGUGGUGAACAAGCUACUGCAACCUUAAUAACCCUGACGUAGUCGAUUAGCUUCAAGCCUAACAACUCAACUACAGUGCUUUAACUAGGCAGAAAUAAUCAUUUUUAUUCACUGUAAAAUAUUUAGCUCCAUUCAGGUUGAGUGCUUUCCUGUGAAUAUAACAAUAAAAUAUUUAAUAUGACUUAAUUUUUAAGUGUGUACAGUUCUUUUGAUAAUAAAGUUAUAUCGAGGGGGGUUCUCGUAUUUCAAUGGCGGUGCCUUGAUGCUGGUGAAGGGCUCUUGAUUCAAGGAACUGGAGCUACUUGGUACUAACGAGCCUGAAUUGCGCUUAAGUAUUGCUACUUUAUUAUGACUGUACAUUGAUUCAUUAAAAGGCGUUGAAUAUAA